GUGAUCUUUGACCUGCUGGGGCUGAGCUCGCGACACAUGAACACGCACGUGCUGCGGCUGCUGCACCAGCUCUUCGAGAUCGGGCAAAAGAAGUAUCCGGAGAGCCUAAGCAAGGUGUUUGUGCUGAACUCCCCCUCGCUCUUCUACGGGAUCUGGAGGAUCAUCAAGCCCGUGCUCAACGAGAGGACAAGGAACAAGAUCGUCAUCUGCUCCAAGGCCAUGCACGACGACCUAGUCGGCAUGCUCCCGCAGGAG